AUGAAGCCUGAAGAUGUCGAAAAAGCCCAUUGCUCCCCUACUAUUGAGAGUUUGAGUCAGUUUCACCUCGACAAAAGCGCCUCUAAUAGCUCCUCCAACGAUACAGACCUCGCAAAGCCUGACCCCGCGCCGCAGACAAGAUGUCAACGAUGGAUUGCAAACUUGAAAAAUGUGGAAAGCCGCGGCAUCGAGCCCAUUGCUAUCGAAAAUCGAGACCCAAUAACACCUUCAACGAUACUUCAUAUGCUGCUAAUGUGGUUUAGCAUGACAUUGGCUACAAAUAACAUCAUUGUUGGAUCAAUGGGUACACUCGUGUUGGGCCUCAGCUUCAGGGAUGCAGCCAUCUGUGCUGUAUUUGGAUGUUUAGCUGGCAACUGCACCGUUGGAUUUAUAAGUAUAUGGGGACCGAGAAGCGGAAACCGAACUUUGAUCGUGGCCCGAUAUUUCAUGGGCUAUUAUCCUAGCAAAGCUUGCAUUAUCCUGAACCUCUUCACCAAUAUUGGGUAUAGCAUGGUAAACAGCGUCGUCGGUGGCCAGAUUUUGUCUGUGGUCUCUGGUGGCCAUCUUUCCGUGAUAGUCGGCAUUAUCAUUGUCGCCGUUGCCAGCUGGGCUAUGGCCAUCUUUGGCAUGAAAAUCUUCCAAUUAUAUGAGCGAGUUGCCUGGUUGCCACAGCUACUGGUGAUAUGCGUGAUGGUUGGUUCCGCAGGGCCUCAUUUCGACUUCAACAUCCAGACCCCAAUGUCGCCAGAGGACUUAGUUGCCAAAAGACUCACUUUUUUCUCCCUGGGAUUGUCUAUUGCCCUCGCCUGGGCCCCGCUCGCCGCCGAUUACUAUGUCUAUCUCCCACCGCAGAUGAAGAGCUCUCGGACAUUCCUGGUCACCGUCUUCGCCGCCACGAGUGGUAUGUCAGUUGUCCUCCUUAUGGGGAUCGGUCUUGGAACCGUCAUCGCCAGCUCGGCACAUCACGCGACCAACACCACUCCCGGAGGCGUGCUGAUGACCGCAUAUGAUGGUCUAGGGGGUUUUGGGAAAUUCUGUGCGGUUAUCAAUGUCCUAGCUCUGGUCGCUAAUAACACUCCCGGGGCGUACUCGAUGGGAAUGAAUUUCCAGAUGGUUGGCGGGAUGUUUGGAAAGGUUCCCCGACCGGUCUUCACAACUCUCGCUACGGUUAUCUAUGCCGCGUGUGCGAUGGGAGGCCGGGACCGGCUGUACGAGGUCUUCAAGUCGUUCCUGCCAUUGAUCGGAUACUGGGUUAUGAUGUUCGUUGUGAUUGUAUUCGAAGAGCACACGAUUUUCCGCCGGAAUAGAGGCUAUGACUGGUCUCAAUGGAACUGCCGCGAUAAGCUGCCUUUGGGGAUUGCAGCAGCAGUUGCUUUCCUUAUUGGCUGGGCUGGUGCAAUUGUCGGCAUGUCACAAGGGUAUUAUAUCGGCCCCAUCGCGCAGAUGGCCGGGGGAGCUGAUCUGGGUCUCUGGUUGGGUGCGGGCUUCACUGCGAUGUUUUUCCCACCGUUACGGGCAUUGGAGCUCAAGUUUAUUGGUCGCUAG